AUGUCCCUUCAUCAGCCUGUCAUUUUCAAUUCGCCUUCACACCCUGGCCGGAACGUCUCUUAUUUGCAUCUUAAUGAAGGUGCGGCUCAUACGCUUCUAUUCUGCUACGGUGCUGCCGAUGCUUCUCUUGCAGUGAAUGUUUUCCAGCCCUUCGUGGAAUCUCACCCUGAUUUAUCGGUUCUUUGCGUCGACCGAUGGACGCAGGGAGACGAUGUCGCACGCAGCGGCCAACAGCUCAUCUCGGAGCUCAGCGAGAUUACGCUCGAGCUUUUGGAUUUUCUGCACAUUCAACGAUUCGCCAUUGCUGCGCACUCCGCCGGGGUCUACCAGCUGCUCGAUUUGGCAAGACAUGCAGGUGCUAAAAGACUAACAAACUUGUUCUUUGUUUGUACACAUAUACCUGCUCCGUAUACUGGCUCUAAGCUUAUGGAGUGGAUGUGCACGAUGCCGAAUAGUCUGUUCAGAAUGGUGACCAAAUUGGACUCUUCGCUUGGCGACACCUGGAUUGCAAGCGCUUUUGUCGGCAUUUUCGGAAAGGAAGAACCUGAAGGAGAUGCGGAAAAUGCACUUGUUGCGCCGAAAGCACGUCAAAGGCUUGUAGCUCAGCAUAUUCGGACGCAAUUCCGGGAUCAGAAAGCUGCGCGCGAAAGACUUGAUAUUGACUACCGGAUUGGCUACGAGAGAUUUGAAGGCAUCACGAAUGACACGCUGAUGCGGCUCUACAAGGAUUGCCCGAUUGAUCCGACGUGGUUCACUACCAAUGGCGAUGUGUUCUUUGGGCCAGAAAGUGUGCAUCGAAUGGUGGAACAUCUUCAGAAAGCAGAUUGGAAGAUCAUCGUCGUGCCGGAGGGGACACAUGCCGACAUAUAUUUUCGAGUGAAGGUGUGGGAGAAAAUGUACACGGAGAUCAUUGCCGCGAAGGAAGGGUCUUGA